AUGGUCGCACAACUCCUUAGACUGACACAAAACUGUCAGAUAAAAGAAAACUUCAGCUUUGUAUUGACGACAUUUUUCACCCAUCUCCUGUGUUUGCUUGUUCUGGCCGUGUUUUUCCAUUACCGCUGGAAGCUGAGGUACCUCUACUUUAUUGGUCAACGGCGGCUGCACAUUGGUGGACGUUUGGUCAACUACAACCCACAGGUUGAUGUCUUUGUCACGUACGAUGAGGGUGAACCAAGAAUCCGUCAAAUUGUAAGAAAUAUUAUCCUGCCAUUCUUGAGAGAGAAGAACAUCUCUUACAUUUUAGGAGAAAUAGACUUUCCAGGUGGGGACAUGGUGUCACACAUCAGUGGAGCUAUAACUGGCACAAGAAAAACGCUGAUCUUGUUGUCUGAAGAUCUUUUCUUGGAUCACUACCGAGAGUAUGAGAUGAACCUGGCCAUCAUGCGAGAGUUCAAUGUACGAGCCCGUCUGAGCAUAAAAGAUAAGAACAGAAAUACGUUCAGCAAGUAUGACACAUCUUCUGAUGCAAGUAUCUAUUAG